ACAUGAAACAAAGUCCGGAGACUGAGUCGGUCCAGCCGGGCGGCUCAGUGACUCUCCAGUGUUCACUUCUCUCUAAGAACAAAGAAAACAGAGUCCAGUGUCCAGGUGAACACAGUGUGCACUGGUUCAGAUCUGGAUCAGGAGAAUUUCAUCCAAGCAUCAUUUACACUCACAGUGAUAAACAAGAAGAAAGAAGUUGUGACUACAGUCUGUCAAAAACUAUCCAGAACUCCUCUGAUACUGGGACUUACUACUGUGCUGUGGUCACAUGUGGAGAGAUCCUGUUUGGUGAAGGAACCAAAGUGGAGACAAGACCAGAACUGGGCACAUCCCUCGUUGUGCUUUGGACUCUGCUGGCCUGCUGUGUGACUGUUAUUGCAGCUCUAAGUAUCUCCAGAAAUCAAAAGCCAGGUUGUGAACAUUGCAAAGGAGAAGCUUCCAAUCUUGCUCAACAUGACAGAUCAGCUGAGGAUCAACCAAGCAAUGUGGAUGGUGAUUUGACAACAGUGAACUAUGUAGCGCUGGAUUUCCACUCAAGAAAUGCCAAAAGAUGGAAGAAUAACAGGGAGUUACCACAGGAGUGUCUGUUCUCUGGCACAAGAGACCCUGAGUGACGUGAAGUCACCAUGAAGAACGAACAUCUAACAUGUUCAUAGAGUGAUGCAGGAAGGAGUCAUGAAACCAGAAAUUAGAUUAGCUUAGUACAGAGACAGCUUUUGUUUUGUGAUGUUGCCUGGAUGAACCAAAUAUAUGCAUUUAUUAUCAUUCUUAAUAUAAUUUUAUUGUUUUAGUAUUAUUAUUACUUGUGAGAUUAAUCAUGAAC